UGACGUUCGGUCUCUCUAAGCUCGUUUAGCCUUUGCGUGUUCAAUUGAUUAUCAGUUUGAUGAUAUCUCGGGAAAAGAUUACUGCGCAUAGUUUGUCCAAUGACCAUACAAGGAAAUCCACUUCAUGUCCCGACCAAGCACCACCAUGACCGCGACGGUAGCUCUCGUGCUCGUGACGCUGCAGAUCGUCUCGCCAGCCCUGGGCCAGAUCAUCCCUGAGUUCCUCGGCUUCGGCUACUGUCCUGAGACUCCACCUCAGGCAGACCUUGACUUGGCCAAAUUCUCAGGAACGUGGUUCACCGUCACCAGAGUACCCAACGUGUACGAUGCCCUCGCCUCCUGCAUCUACACCAACUACACCCUUGAUGCCGACAACAACCUGGCGGUGCAGGCGUUCGGCAAGAACGCAGCAGGCGAGGAGACUGUCGUCAACUCUGCCAUCAAGUCCAACAAACCCAACGAGCCGCUCACAGUCGUGUCAACCGGCGUUCCUGAAGCUCCUCUCAAAAUCGUGGCGACGGACUACUCGACGUACGCGUGCCUCGAGUCGUGCCUGCAGUACGUAGCCUUCAAGGCGCAGUUCGCGUGGGUGCUCACCAAGAAGCCCGCGUCCAGCAUUGAGGCCACCAACAUCUGCACGGAGAUCUUCAAGAAUAAGAUGGGCAUCGCCGCCUCAACCAUGAAGAAAGUCACCCAGGGCAGGGGCUGCGAGUACCCCUCAUGGGCCAGGGGUGGCAAUUAAUCUACCUGAAGAUCGACUGGAAUCCAACUGAAAAUCAACUGGAAUCCAGGGUUCCGUGGUUCUCGCCUCUUCAUCUCAACCUCUGCCAAUAAUGGUUGUCUUUUUUCAUUGAACGAUAGUGAUUCCUAGGCGAGUUGAAACAAAUUCCUUGCGUCGCCGAACGCAAUACCAUGCAAUAGAAUGUUGAUUUACGAACGAUUAAUUUCAAUUGCAGACGUAUAAAGCUAAAUCACAUCAAAACUUUUCAACAUCAUAAACGUGUGAACAAAGAUCACUGACUUAUUAAAGACCGCGUGGAAUUGUGUUAAAAUAUUUUGAAAUGUUUUACGCUGUAGAAGAUUGAUCGUUACAUUAUUUUUUUUUUAUUUAUGAGUCUAUAAGUAACUGUUGGAAUUGAAUUCGAAAGACUUGAAAAUUUCAUUUACCUGGUGCGAAUCUUAAUUGGAACAAUAAAUGUCAGUUAUUGAUUGCUGCCAGAAUCUCUAUGCUGAAGUUUUAUUAUUAUUAGUUUACCUCAAUGUGAACUUUUUAUCAACUAUACUAGGUUGUAUGUGUUUUGAAGCUAAAUAUGUUAUGGGGAGUUUUUUUACUUGAUAUUUAAAAUAAAUUUUUGAAUUUGAAA